AUGGCCGCCGCCGCCGCCGCCAGCGCCGCCAGCGCUGCCACCAAGGCACCCAGGCAAAAGACCCUGCGGCUGCUCGACCCGACCAUGCUCGCGACCUCACGCGCCGUACGCUUCCCGGAGACCUCAGGCAAGCCCAUCCAGGGCAAAGCGCGCUUCGCCAACUCGCGAGCCGCCCAGAACUACCGCGAGCACGAGCGCGAGCGCCUGAAGAAGGCCCUGCUGCACCUCACCCACGGCCGCAAUAUCUUUGUCUACAACCACCUCCGCACAAACCAGGUCGUGUACUCGCUCUCGCGGACGCUGGAGCGCAACAACGUCCUCUCGCAGAUGAUCUACCACGGCAAGAAGACCGUGCCCGCCUCGCUGCGCAAGGACAUGUGGGUGCCCUUCUUCUCCGUGCACUUCCCCUCGCCCGCCGCCGGCAUCGCCGCCUUCAAGAUGCUGCGCGAAUUCGCCGUGCAGCGCCAACUCGCCCCGCCCGCCGCCGCCAUCACCAACACCACCGAGUCGCUCGCCCGCCGCCGCCCGCGCGACCCGCUCGCCGCCCGCAAGUGGGACGCCACCUGGACCCCGCGCCUCGGCCAGUUCAUGCCCAAGAAGCUGCGCGCCCGCGCCCUCAUGGACCAGAAGUCCACCAGCGUCGCCGACCUCGCCGCCGUCCUCGCCCUGCACGCACCCACCCUCGCCCAGACCCACGCCCUCCCGGACCCCGACCUCCAGCGCCAGCUCGCCGACCGCCAGAAGAAGAAGUCCCUCAGCCACACGGCGCGCAAGCGGCUGGUGGCCGCGCGCGCGCGCGAGGCCGCCGUCGAGGCCCGCGUGCGCCAGCGCAUCGCCACGCUGGAGCGCGCGCUCUCGCGCCAGGCCAAUGGCAAGGCGGCGGCGCGCGUCGACGACCGCGGGGUGCUGGGCGCGCAUGCCGUGGAGCCGGGCCAGGUCAAGGUGCUGUGGACGGACCUGCACGACGCCGUGCACGCUGCCGACUGGCCGCCGUUCGUCAUGCAUGGCGAGCUGGCGCCCGUGCGCGACCAUGUUAUGGGCGACACGCUGAAGAGCGAGGUGCCGGAGCUGGGGCUGCAGGAGCGGCAGCCGGAGAAGAAGGAGGAGGAGGAGGAGGAGAAGGAGGAGAAGCAGGAGGAGGCGAAGGGGUUGGAUCGGUUGAAGUUUUGGAAGAGCUGA